UGUAGUCAAAGCAGAGUGCAGUGAGUGCCGUGGAAAGACAGACGAGGACAUUUUUUUGACAAUUCGUUAACAGUAAAGAGUCAAAUUGUUGGGUGCUCACAUACAAAUUGAACAGAGUGAAAUAAAUGCAUGUUAAAUGAGCGCCCCAGAAAGGCCAUCGGACGACCAAGAUCCUGAUUACGCAUCGCCUGAACCAACGAAUGCGAAGCAGCAAAAAAUAUAUGAGGACACAGCACGGGCCAAUACGGCUAAUAAAAUAGUGACGAUAGUAGAGAAAGAAUUCACCAAGGAGAUAGAUCAGAAAGAGAAGGAAGUCCUAGAGAUUCAGAGCAGGCUUCAGAAGGCUCUAAAGACGCUGCACCUGUUGCGCUAUGUCGUUGUAACAGACUUUUACAAUCGCAAACAAUGCCAGGCACCACAGACUGCCGUCGAAUCGAAACAGUCCCAAAUACACCCGGCAAUAAAACGUCUUAUUGGUAAAACACCGAGGCGGCAAAAAAUCGGGCUUGCAGAUCCUGGUCCAUCGACUUCUAAGGGCUAUGAAAACGAGAUACAGGCCAAACCCGACGUCUUGGAAAUCAAGAAGCGACUGGGCCUGGACCUGGAGAUCAAGAGUGAGAAGGGAAUCUCGCCUGUAAAGAAUGAUGCUGAAGCCAGAACUGAUUCUGACCCACCUAAGAAAAUUCCUAGAUAUAUUCCACCGAAAAGCAACGCUCCCGCCGUUACUAGCCCUGCCAGAGGAGUGCGGCAUAAAGUCUGGAAACGAAUCGUCAUCGGCAACAUAUCCAAGUGGAUUCCUCCGGACUGGAGGGAGGACGGAGCUAGUCAUAAAUGGAUGAUGUAUGUUAGAGGGAGCAAAGAGGCCCCUGACAUCACUGAUUUUGUUAGCAAAGUCAGAUUCUUUCUGCAUCCUAGCUAUCAGCCAAACGACGUUGUCCAAGUAACAUCUCCUCCGUUUCAUUUGUCCCGAAGAGGCUGGGGUGAAUUUCCACUGAGAGUGCAGCUGCAUUUUAAAAACCCGUUAAACAAGCCAAUGGAUGUUAUUCACUACCUGAAAUUGGAUCGGACUUACACCGGUCUGCAGACUCUUGGCUCGGAGACAGUUGUCAACAUCUGGAUCCAUACAACGAACCCUCAGAACUUCAAAAAGAGUCUGGAUGCAGUGCUUGAGAGUGAUGAUGUUCCUAGUAAAAGAAAUGACAGUAAAGUAGUGCAGGAAAAUGGUGAAAUAAAUUUGUCAAUUGUAAAAGAAGAAUUUCAACCAUCCGAAUCACAAAACAAUGUAUCGAGUGUAUCUGAAAGAUCUGCUAAGAUGGAACGGACUGAAAGCCAUGUCGUCAAUGAAAACUGUAUAAAGAUCGAGCACAAUUAUGUCAGUAGUAUGUUCAAAGAGCACGAACACAUAGACGUAGUAAAUUCUAUAGAAAAUAACGUAACAAUCAGACAUUCUACGAAUGAUAAAAGCCACCCUAUAGAUAAGUCCUUUGAAAAUGCAGGAAAUUUGAUAAAUAACAUGAACCAUAGCUUAUUGAAGUUAGAAGAAAAUAAUGUCAAAUCCAACGAGGAAAACGAAGUUAAUGAACAUAGUGACACGAAUAUCGGACAGAAAACAACAAGCAAUGGACAGUGCGUGGUUGAAACAAGUGUUUGCGAAUCUUCGGUUGUCGUCGAGACCAACGAGGGUGUAAACGUUUCUGAAAAUGUACUGCAAACCAAAGAAAUUGUUGAAUCGAAACAGAAAAACUUUUCAAAUAAUGUAGAAACUAAUGGCAACAUUUCACCAAUUCCUAUAAAACUGGUGAAAUGUAACGAUAAGUUUUUUUUAAUGACUGAUGUAGGAAAAUUAACAAGCAAUUCAGUCGACUUGGUAAAAAUAUCAAAUGCUAACGUAGUCAAAAAUAUUUUGUCAAAGAAAAUUCAGCCAGCCAUAUCGCUGGUAAGAAAGGCUAGCACUGAAUUGAAAAGAACGAUUACUGAGGCUGUAGAGUUAUCAAAUAGUCAAAACGGAAUGGACCAAAAUGUCCCAAUCACUGCAGCCAGUCGCAAGUCUCAGUAUUUAACAUCGGGAUCCGAAUCAGGAAUGGAUUCGAGCGCUAAAUUACUGAAAAUUAAUUCACAGCGAUUGGAAAUGCAGAGAUUAGCUUCCAGCCUCAAAUCUAUGCCGUCGAAAUCUGAGCCGUUGAAGAUUACAAUACCACCACCAGACGAGCCGCAAAGAAAAAAGCAGAAAUUAGUUUUGGAGAACAGUCAGUUCAUUUCGAUAAAGACCGGAAACAGUUCGUCACUAACUGCUGUGGUCAAUCCGAGGCAAUUAGCAGCAAGGUCUAUUCUUUACGAUAAAAAAAUUCAAGAUGGUAUUGGAAAGGUUUCAGUCUUGAACAAAGGUGUGAGGACCAUGGAGAGAGUAUCUCUGCUCAAGCCGAGUGUUAGUAUACUAAAAAAGUCAGAUGGAAACAAUAAAUUGGACACGAAUAACCAAAGCAAACCAGCUAUAGUACUGAACAUAAAUCCAUCGAAAAGCUUGCUACUUAAUUCGAAUUCCGCCGUACCAGUGCUGCAGAUAGCUAAACCAUUGUACAACAACUUGCAAAUUGAUAAGCGAACCGUGCUCGUGCCGAAUCAAGUUGGACAAUUGAAGCUGAAACAAUUACCUAAAACUGUGAAAAUCGAUGAACAGGACAAUUCUAAGCCUGUAAAAAUUAGCGUCACCCUAGGAAAAGAUAAACAAAAGCUACUGAGCAAAAAGGAAAAAUACGAGGAUAUUCUGAGAUCGAUCGAAACUGUCGAAAUAAAAGAUACUAUCGGAACGCUGCGAUACAUCAUGAAACGAACUCCUCUGAUUACACCAGAGGCAAGGGACCCCGAUUACAGACAAUUGCAUCCUUACGCUUGCUGUACUCAGGAGGAAUUUUUGAACUAUCAUUUGGGAAAGCAAAGAGCACAUGAGUGGUUCAGAGCAAAGACGGUGAGAAUGUUCCUAAAGAAGAAAGGAUUCGAAGGCAGUCAGCUUUGGAGUGUUAAAGAGAUUUUAAAUUGGGCCAGAAUUCACGGAUACACACCUGUCCAAACCUCGCUGGAUAUUGGAAACUCUGCGAAAACUAGUAAAAAAAUACCUGAAGCUACUAGUAGUGUUGCAAUAUCAACUUGCACUGAAUCUCUACAGUUCAACGAGUGGUUGGAGAACUGUAAGGAUUUGAAUAUCUCCAACGAAGAUAGUAACAUAGAAAUUGAUGUCGUUCACGUAACGGAACCAAAAAUGAAGACGGAAAUUAAAACCGAGGCAACAGGGAUGUCGAAAGACACAAUCACUCUGGAUAGCGAUCCUCUUCUUGAGCUGCCGUCAGCGUUUGUAGAUGAAACAGCCAGAGAAAUCGGUAUCCGGUUGCAGCGAGAAGAAAUCAUCCCUGGAGUCUUGCAUUCGGCUGCUGAACGAAUGAUUGUUGAGGCAAUGCGAUGUUUUGUCGACGACCUGAUGCGGCGAUCUCAUGCUAAAGCCUGGGAAAGAAGUAACACCAAAUUUCCAGAUACGAUAAAACUGGACGAUGUACGAGGCGCUUUAUUAACUCGCGAUGAAUUUGACGUAUUCACGAACGAAGGGCUGGGAUCGUCACAAAACAUGGGUUAAAAGGAGAAUAAAUCGAUUGAUAUGCCUACCGGAAACUGCCAUUCAAGUAUUAAAAUGAUCAUUCGACAUUGCUAGGAAAUUAUCAAGCUAUGCAUUUAUGCAGCAAA